CCGACCAUAGUCUGAUGGUGUAUUUCCGGGGUCAUUGACAUGGUGAGCCACAUGUGAAUCUCACGAUUGGGAAGAAUUUAUAAUCUGGAAUAAGGGAAAGUUGCAAGAGACAUUGAAACAUGGCCUCGAGUGAGGAAGACUUUCCCCGGGGAGGGACAUUCAAAAAGCCAGGUGAUGGACACGCUGUAAAACACUCUGUGGAACAAGACAACCUGUUUGUGUCCCACGAUCCUGAACAGAGAAAGAAGAGAAAGACGGAUAAAGGAGGGGAUGAGAAGAAAGAAACAAAGCAAAAUACAAAAGAGGAAUUCCUCAAACUCAACGCAGGGAAAAAUGUGGAAAUCCUUCAUUUCAAGAAACUCACAGUGGGAACACUGAUCCUGGGCUGUGUGAAGGAGGUGAAAGAUUUUGAGCUGGUGGUGGGCUUACCAAACGGACUCACUGGGUAUGUCCAGGUGACCAGCAUCUCUGACGGGUACACCAAGCUGCUGAACGACCAGGUGGAUGCUGGGGAGGCCAUGGAGGAACUGUUGACCCUUGCCCACCUCUAUACACCUGGCAUGGUGGUUAGGUGUGUGGUGUCCACCCUGGGAUUGACCAAAGAAGGCCAUCACAGUAUCAAACUGUCAAUCAACCCCAGAGAAGUCAACAAGGGUCUGAAUGCUGCCUCUCUCAAGCCUGGCAUGCAUAUUUCUGGCUGUGUUGCAAGUAUAGAGGAUCAUGGCUUCCUGAUCGAUAUUGGCAUUGGCAGAGCGAAGGCUUUUCUACCCAGACAGAAAGCCCUAGAUGACCUCAAGGCAACAGAGCAGGGAGGGGACCUGCAGGUCGGCCGGUAUCUGAACUGCCUGGUGGAGGAGGUGAAGAGCGAGGGCCGCAUCGUACGCUUGUCUGUCAAUCCCAACGCCGUUGCCAAGGCCCUUGCAGAUAAAGAGCAAGGCUGGACCCUCAGUAACCUGCUGCCUGGGCUGUUGGUGGAAGCUCAGAUUAAGAAGUUGACCUCUCAUGGGAUCACACUGGAGUUCCUCUCCUCAUUUAGUGGAUCAGUAGACUUCAUGCAGAUGGACCCAGAGAAAGAGAAAGUCUACCGGCUAGGACUCCAAGUGAAAGCCUGUGUGCUGUAUGUCCACCCCUCCUCCCGGACUGUGGGGUUAAGCCUGCUGCCCUGCUUCCUGCAGCCCGGCAGUGUGGUGGAGCCUCUGACGAGUGCUCGGAUCGGGGAGGUGGUUGAGGGCUGUACAGUCAAGGCUUUCCACCAGGACGCCGGCGUCACUCUGCUGCUGCCCGAUGGCAUGCUGGUUUUUGCACAUAAAAAUCACCUGAAAGAAACCCUGGAGCCCUUGAAAACCAACAAGAUGGGAUCAGGAUCCAGCCACACGUGCCGGAUCCUAGAUUACAGCCCCAUGGAUCAGGUGGCGCUAGUGAGUCUAAGGAAGAGUGUUAUCGAAGCUCCUUUCUUGAGAUACCAGGACAUUCUACCAGGACAGCACAUUGGGUGCAUAGUGAUUUCCCUGGAGCGUUACGGGAUGCAGGUGAAAGUGACGGAUCACAUCCGCGGCCUCGUCCCACGAACACAUCUGGCAGACAUUCUCCUGAAGAAUCCAGAAAAGAAGUACAGCCCAGGGGAUGAGAUCCGGUGUCGGGUUCUAACCGUGAUUCCUGACACAAAGAGGCUGAUCCUGACCCGGAAGAAGGCUCUGGUGGAGUCCAAAUUGCCACUGAUCUGCAGCUACGAGGAUGCUAGGCCAGGCCGGGUGGCACACGGCUACAUCGUGUGUGUCAAGGACUUUGGCUGCAUCGUGCGCUUCUUCAACGAAGUCAGCGGGCUGGUCCCUCGUCACGAGCUGAGUACGGAGCCAGUACCGUUUCCUGAGAAGAUCUUCUACAGUGGGCAGGUUGUCAAAGCGAAAGUGCUGAAGUGUGACCCUGAGCAACAAAAGCUGCUGUUGUCCUUCAAAGCCACAGGGGGCAGUGUUGCUGCAGAAGUAGCCAAGGUGCAGCAGGCCCAGGGGAAAGAUACAUUUCACUUUGAAACUGGGAAGAUUGUAAAAGUGACGGUUGUGCGCAAGACUAUCGAUGGACUGGAUGUUUCAAUUCUUCCAGAGGAGGCGUCAGCUUUCCUGCCCAUGACGCACCUCUCUGACCAUGUGUCCAACUGCAGGCUUCUGUGGGAGGGACUUGGAGAGGGUGACAUCAUCUCCAAUGUGAUGUGCCUGAGCAAAAACAAGGAGCACAUUAUACUUUGUAAGAAGCCCAUUAUCAAGGCUGCGGUCGAGGAAGGUUAUCCAGCCAAAGACUUUUCCGAAGUCCAGUCUGGAAUGAUGCUGCCUGGAUUCAUAAAGAACAUAAUGCCUUAUGGAGUCUUUGUGGAAUUCCCCUAUGGACUGAUGGGAUUGGCACCCAAAUCUGCUAUGUGUGACAAGUUUGUGACGAACACGAGCGAUCAUUUCCAGGUAGGGCAGACAGUGCUGGCCAAGGUGACCAACCUGGAUGAGGGGAAGCGGCGGUUCCUGCUGAGCUUGAAGGUGUCGGAGUGCAGCUCAGGGGAGGAGUGGGGGCAGGAGAGCCUGGAGCUGCUCAGGCAGUGCCUGGAGGAGAGGAGGGAUGUGUGCAGCAUGAUGACCAGCAGAGGUGAUUCUGAAGUGGCCCAGAACCUUUCCAAGCUGGUGUUGGGGCAGAAGUUAAAACUGGCCGUAGAAGAAAUGAAGGAUGAUGGGACAGCUUACUUUAAAGCUAGCCAGGUUGCUGGAGCAACAGCGUCAGCCACAAAGCAUCACCUGACUGGUGUGAGUCUUGACCUGGGACAGAAUGUCACUGCGGUCAUCCUGUAUAUUAAUCACCUGACCUCCCAGGUCCACCUCUCUCUCAGAACGGAGCUGGUCAACAGCAAAACCAAGCAGCUGAAGGAGAACACAACACAUUCAGCCACAGUCCAGCAUGUGGAAAAGGACUUUGCCAUUGCAUCGUUAGCCGAGACUGGUCAGCUGGCCAUAGUUCCUGUGGCAGCCCAUCUGAACGACACCUUCUGGUUUGAAUCUGAGAGAUUGUCUGUUGGACAGACCCUGGUGGUCUCUGUGAGGGAGCUCAGCUGUGAGGCUGUCGGGGGUCUACCCUUAGUGGUUAGGGGUCCAGGGAAAGCCAAGCGAAAACAGAAAGUCUCAGAAAGCAAUGAGGAGGCGCCCAGAGGCAUCCAGCACUCCUGCUGCCUGGGUGAUACAGUGAGCGGGACUGUCAAGUCCAUCCAUCCCACCUAUGUCCUCCUGGCUUUGGAGAGGGGUGUCACAGGGAGCAUCCAUGCGUCUGAGAUAUUGGAAACCGUGAAGCCCUUCAGCUUCCCCACAUCCUCCCUGAAAAUGGGGAUGAAAAUCACAGCCAGAGUAAUUGGAGGAAGAGAGGCUAAGAGUCAUAAGUUUUUGCCAGUCACCCACUCACACUUUACUUUCACAAUACCGGAACUAACGGUUCAGCCAAGCAAGCUGAAGGGAGAUUGGAGCAAGGAGGUGAAGGACCAGCCGUUGUCUGAGAAGCUGAAGAGCUACCAGCCCGGCCAGGAGGUGACCUGCUUCGUGUCGAAGUUCAACAGCCUCAAGAAAUGUCUGGAGGUGGAGGUGACCCAUGAUAUGCGUGGGGCAGUGGAGCUGCUGGCAAUGACCUGUAAACCCAAGGAUUUGAAACGCCCGGAGAAGCUGUUUAAACCUGGACAGGCACUGAAUGCCCUGGUCGUCUGCAGCAACUCCUCUAAGACCCGGCUUUGCCUCUCCCUCUCAGGAGUGCACUCCCUGGGAGAAGGUUCUCUGACUCUGGGGACGGUUACAAAGAUCACUCCACAUAUCGGCCUCGUUGUCUCCUUGCCGUUCCGGCAGAGUGGUCGAGCUGGAAUCCUGGACCUCAGUGACACAUACACAGCAUCUCCACUAGACCAGUUCUAUGUUGGCCAGACCGUCAGGUGUUGUGUCCUAGCACGAGAAGAUGAGAAAAUCCAUGUGUCUCUCAGGCAGUCCAGGACAAACCCAAUAAGCAAUCUCAAAGGGAGUGACCCUGAAAUUCUCUCCAUUGAAGAUCUAAAGAAAGGGCAGAUUGUACGAGGCUAUGUCAAAUCUGUAGGAGAUGCUGGAGUCUUUAUUGGCCUGUCCAGGACAAUCACUGGUCGAUCUCUGUAUCAACACGUCACAAACUACUUUGUGACUGAUCACAGUGUCUACGUGAAAAACAUUCCACUCGGCAAACUGCUCACCUGCAAAGUUCUGAGUGUGGAUAAAAAACAAAAUCGUGUGGAAUUGUCUCUGCUCCCAGAGGACACUGGGGAACCGGACGUUCUCCCAGAGUCUCUUCGGCUUCCUUCAAGAGAGAAGGGAGAACAGAAGGAGAAGCGGCAGGGGUUCAAGAAAAUGCAGCAGAAACGAAAGAGGGGGGCCUCCGAGAGCGAGCAGGAGGUUGCAGUAGAGAAUAAGAAAGUGACAAAGAGACAAAAGAAAUCUGAGGACAAAGACAAUGGAGUUGAGGUUUAUUUCCGAGAAGAGGAAGAACCGCAAAAGCAGAAGAAGCCGUCCGUGCACAGUAAGAGUGAAGCCCCACCCCGGCUCCAGGUCUCCGCAGGGUUCUCCUGGGAUGUUACACUGAGCUCUCUGCAGCCAGUUGGGAUGGGGGGAGGGGCACCUGCCUCAGACAGUGAGGAGGAUGAGGAGGUGGUGAAGCCCCAGAAAAAGAGCAAGUGGGAGAAGAAUGUGGAGAAGCAGCGGCAGGAGAAGGAGCUGUCGAAGGUGGAGGGCGAGCUGAUGGACCCAGGGAGGCAGCCACAGACCGCCAACGACUUCAACCGGCUGGUGCUGGGCUCCCCAGACAGCUCCAUCAUCUGGCUGCAGUACAUGGCUUUCCACCUCCACUCUACUGAGAUCGAGCAGGCCCGCGCCGUGGCAGAGAGAGCCCUCAAGACCAUCUCCUUCCGCGAGGAGCAGGAGAAGCUGAACGUGUGGGUGGCCCUUCUGAAUCUGGAGAACAUGUACGGGACUGAGGAGAGCCUGAACAAGGUGUUUGAGAGAGCGGUGCAGCACUACGAGCCUCUCAAAGUGUUCCAGAGCCUCGCUGACAUCUACACCAAGUCUGACAAGUACAAGCAAGCAGAGAGCCUGUACAACACCAUGCUGAGGAGAUUUCGCCAGGAGAGAUCAGUCUGGCUGAGCUGCGCCGCUUUCUACUUGAGACGGGGCCGCACGGACGAGACCCACAGACUGUUACAGAGGGCACUCAAGUGCCUGCCAGACAAAGAGCAUGUUGACCUAAUCGUGAAGUUCGCACAGCUUGAGUUCCGGUUUGGGGACGCGGAACGGGCCAAGUCCAUGUUUGAGAGCACGCUGGGUAACUACCCCAGACGCACCGACCUGUGGUCAGUCUACAUCGACAUGAUGAUCAAAUACGGCAGUCAGAAGGAAGUCCGGAGCAUUUUGGAACGAGUGAUCCACCUGAGCCUGGCAGCAAAGAGAAUUAAGUUCUUCUUCAAGCGCUACCUGGAGUACGAGAAGAAGCACGGCUCUGCUGAGAGUGUGCAGGUGGUGAAGGAGAAGGCCAUGGAGUAUGUGGAAGCCAAGGGCUCCAGCGCGGAGAGCUGACCGCAACCUCCGGACUGCUCACCCCAGAGAAACUGCAGCAAGUACAAACCUUCCUGAAAACAUCAGCCAGCACUGCCUUGACUGCUACAGAUUCACACCCAUCCUGGAUCAGAGGGAAACUAGGAUGUCUUUCCUUAUCCCCUUUUAGGGGAUGAGGAAUUAAACCAACCUCGUCUUCUGUCAAUGUUUCCUGUUCUCAGGAUGAAAUCACUUAUCUUGACCCUCGCCGUUCUGUAUGUUCUGCUAUUAAACGAAAGAACUUUUAAGAUGUCGUAUUCUCAUUUAGCUUUGGUAAUAGUUUACCACCUCUUAUAAAAGAUAAUUAAAUUCAUUUGAAAAA